AGCGACAAAUUGAUCCACGACAACGCAGCAGCAGAGAUUCUGGUCUCGUAGUCGGUGCUUGGUGGCACCACAAGUAAGCAUAACCCAAAUCCAAAGGAAUCAUUAAAGAAACAUGGAGAAAUCGCUUUCAUCGCCGUCGUCGAUGUCGACACCAGAAGGCUCGACGGAGCUUCAGUGUGUGGGUGAACUGGAAAUCGUCAAAGCAAAACCACCAGUUGGUUUUCUCUGCGGUUCUAUACCUGUUCCUACUGAUAAAGCUUUCACCGCCUUUGAUUCUGCUCUCGUUCCGUCGGCCCCAGCGGAAGGAGCACCGAGGUACCGGGUGAUUCCGACUGAGACUAAUCUCAAAACUCUGCCAUUUCGGCCAAAUAUUCCGGACAAGGUUCUUCCAAUGGUUGCCGCUCAUACGAGGACCGGUGGAGAUUUACCUUAUGAAAGUGGCACUGUUGCAUCAAAUCUUAGAAAGAAAGGAGAAGCCCUUGCUGUAUCUGGUUUAACAGAGUAUGGAGAUGAAAUUGAUGUCAUUGCUCCAGCUGACAUUCUGAAGCAAAUAUUUAAGAUCCCAUAUUCCAGGGCUCGGUUGUCGAUUGCAGUACAUCGUAUUGGACAGUCUCUCGUAUUAAAUACAGGACCUGAUGUUGAAGAGGGAGAAAAAUUGGUUAGAAGACAUAAGCAGUCACAAUGUUCAGAAAAAUCAUUAUUUUGGAAUUUUGCUAUGCAUUCUGUAAGGAUGGAGGCAUGUGAUUGCCCAUCGGCUCAAAGUUCCCAGUCAGAGGAGCAGUUGAACUCAUCUUUUCUGCCUGGCAAUAGGGAUUCUGAUACAGCUGAAGCAUACCCUUCCCCAUAUUUUGGGCAGGACAAUGACAUUGGUCAAGGGGAAGGAUUUAAAUGUGCUGAAUACCCACAAGCAAAACAAGAUAGUUUCUUUUGGGGAGGGAAGAAGAACCAAAGAAACAAAGGUCGUGAUGCUGUUAAAAAGGUCUCACAAGUCAAAGAGAAGACCUCAAUGCAAGAGUCAGAUAUGUACAGAAGAAUGAAUCGUGAUGGAUUCUUAAGGGUUCUAUUUUGGAAGUUCAAUAAUUUGCGCAUGUUUCUGGGGAGUGACUUGCUUAUAUUUAGUAACGAGAAAUAUGUUGCAGUGAGCUUGCACUUAUGGGAUGUUUCUAGACAGGUUACUCCGUUGACUUGGCUUGAAGCUUGGCUCGAUAAUGUGAUGGCAAGUGUACCUGAACUAGCCAUAUGUUAUCAUCAAAAUGGGGUUGUUCAGGGAUACGAGCUGCUGAAAACGGAUGAUAUUUUUUUGUCCAAAGGAGUAUCUGAAGAUGGCACUCCUGCUUUUCAUCCUCAUAUUGUCCGACAAAAUGGCCAUUCGGUUUUGCGGUUCCUUCAAGAAAACUGCAAGCAAGACCCUGGAGCUUAUUGGCUCUAUAAAAAUGCUGGCGAGGAUAACAUUCAACUUUUUGAUCUUUCCGUUAUUCCUAAGAGCCAUGCCACCAAUAAUUGUGAUGAUGACUCUACCUUCAUACCUUCUCUUAUUAAUAGAGGGAGAAGUGAUUCCUUGCUCUCGCUAGGAACCCUACUCUACCGUGUUGCUCACAGGCUCUCACUUUCAGUGUCUUCUCAUAACAGGGUAAGGUGUGCAAGGUUCUUGAAGAAAUGUCUUGAUUUCCUCGAUCAGCCUGAUCAAUUGGUUGUACGUGCAUUUGCUCAUGAACAAUUUGCAAGGCUACUUCUAGACUACGAUGAAGAUUUAGAUUUGACAUCAGAAGGGCUGCCUCUGGAUUCUGAAGAUAUUGUAGUUGAUAGUGAAGAAGAGUCGUAUGAAUGCUUCAGUGGGAUCUCUGAGUUAAUAAUCCAUGAAAGUUUCAAAGCUAAUAAGGAGGAUGAAUGUGGUAUCGAUGCUACUUCCUCAAAUUAUGGACCAGGUGGUUCUGUCAAGCUGCAUUUGGAUGAUGAUGCACCUGGAUCCAGAAAACUUUUGGUGUCAAAUGAGGCUGAAUCAGGGGAUGCUGUAAUGCAACGAACUUGUAAUUAUGACACUGUUGAGUUGUCUGCUACAUCUACUCCUGUGGUUCAAGCUACUGUUAAUUUGAUAUCCUCUAAGUUGGCAGCAAUACAUCAUGUUUCUCAAGCUAUCAAGUCUCUAAGGUGGAAAAGACAGCUACAAGGCUCUGAAAGUCAUGGCAGACCUGAUAUUGGUGCAACUUUGCAAAUUGACUUCUCUGUUUGUGCCUGUGGUGAUGCUGAUUGCAUUGAGGUUUGUGACAUUCGCAAGUGGCUUCCAACAUCAAAACUGGAUGACAAGUUGUGGAAGCUUGUUCUUUUACUUGGAGAAUCUUAUCUGGCCCUUGGAGAAGCCUACAUGGAUGAUGGUCAGUUGCAUCAAGUCUUCAAGGUUGUUCGUCUAGCAUGUUUGGUAUAUGGCUCCAUGCCACAGCAUCUUGAAGACAAAAAGUUUAUCUCCUCAAUGACUAGCAGUUUGUCAUUCGAGAUAGAUAUCCACAAUAGAAAAGACGAAACUGAAUCUUUAGCUGCUCAUUAUCUAUUCUGGGCCAAAGCAUGGACACUGGUUGGAGAUGUGUAUGUUGAAUUUCAUUUGAAGAGUGAAAAGGAGAUCUCUGUGAAAACUGAGGAGACACCGCCUGCUAGAGAGUUAAAAAUGUCGCCUGAAGUUCAGAAAGAGCUUGAGAGGCUCAAGAAAAAACUUGGAAAGUUUAAGCAGAGCUGCUCAUCUUGCUCAUUAGUGAACUGUAGUUGCCAGAGUGAUAGGGCCAGUAGCGGCAAUAGUGCAAGUAGUAGUAGUGGAAAUACUCGUCCAUUUAAUUAUGGAAGAAAGCAGGCCGAGAAGCCUGUUUCUAAGAGCUUAUCCUACUCUUCACCUGGAAAGGCUGGAGAUGUUAGUAAUGUGAUAACACAGAAUAUCAUGGAUGAAAAUGAAGUGCCAAAGUCUUCUAAAGAGACUGAAUCUGAUUCAACAGAGCCAAAAUCAAAUGAUGGUGGCAUUUUCAGAUACCUUCAUCGUUGUGACCAUGAAGAUGCAGACCAUAAUCUAACUUCUGCUCUUAAUUGUUAUGAAGAAGGAAGAAAAUGUUUGGAUUGUCAUCCUAGUAGUUCUGAGGAGUUACGGUCCCUUCUUAAGAAGAAAGGAUGGGUCUGCAAUGAAUUAGGCCGAAGGAGACUGGAACGAAAAGAAAUUGGCAAAGCUGAAUCAGCUUUUUCUGAAGCUAUCAGUUCAUUUAGAAAGGUUUCCGAUCACAACAACAUUAUCUUAAUCAACUGUAAUUUGGGCCAUGGAAGACGAGCAGCAGCUGAGGAGAUGGUUUCACAAAUGGAGCAUCUCAGAAACCAUCCCGUGUUCAAUAAUGCUUACACCCAAAAGCUGGAAGCAGCAAAAUCACAGUAUUGUGAAUCACUCAGAUACUAUAGAGCAGCAAAGAAAGAAGUUGAUGCUGUUGGUGAUGAAGCCGAUGCCCUUCCAAACAAUCUUAGCAAUGAAGUAUAUACACAGUUUGCUCAUACAUAUCUAAGGCUUGGCAUGCUUCUAGCAAGAGAAAAUGCAACUGCUAAAGUUUAUAAAUCUAAAAUGGAAUUUGGAAAGCAUGAGAUUUCAGCCAACGAUGCAAUUAGUGAGGCUUUGUCAAUGUAUGAGUCAUUGGGGGACUUGCGUAGACAAGAGGCUGCAUUUGCAUAUUUUCAGCUUGCUUGCUACCAGAGGGAUUGUUGUUUGAGAUUAUUAGAGACGGAUUUGAAGAAAAGUAAUUCAUCAAAAGGUGAAAAUGGUAUACUCCAAAGAGUCAAACAGUACUCGUCCAUGGCCGAGAGGAACUGGCAGAAAUCUAUCCAGUUUUAUAGGCCAAAAACACAUCCUACAAUGUACCUGACCAUUUUGAUAGAGAGAUCAGCUUUGUCAUGUAGCCUGUCUAAGUCAUCUCAAUCAUAUAUGAUGCUGGAAUUAGCUCUGAAUAGUCUUCUUGAAGGACGCCAUGUGCCUGUAGAUAGAAUAACAUUGCAGAAGGACGAUUGUAGCGUGUAUGAAAGAUUUUGGAGUCAGCUGCAGAUGGUAUUAAAGAGGAUGCUAGCUGUGGUUCUUCCUGCAACCACAAAGAAAUCUGUUGCUACUUCCCAACAGACUGCAAAUGAUUUGCAGUCUGGAGAUGUGAAGAAACUCAAGGACCUUUACAGGUUAUCUUUGAAGGAGACAGACUUCAGUCAGUUGCAUGCCAUCCACAGGUUGUGGGUUUCGUAAAACUAAAUCAGUUUUUCAGUACAAUUACGACAAAGUUACAGGUUGUAGAAUUACUCAAAACAUUUCCAACACAGACAUAAUGUGGUAAGCUUCUUUUGAUUUGUUGAUUUAGCAACAAUUUCUAAAUCCUGGAGAAUGGUGCCAUGCUGACUUGUAGUACUUCAUGCAUCUAAUAUUGUACCUCGUGCAUAUAAUGUGAUAAACCUGUUAUGUUUGC